AUGGAGGUGGAGGCGGCGGCGGCGGCGCCUACGGUGGCGGGGAUGGAUUUCUUGGCUUCUCCGAGGUUCGACCCGGAUAAGCUGGAGUCUCCCCCGCUGGUGGAGGGAAGCGGCGGCGAGAAUGGCGCCGCCACCAAGCUGCAGAAGGUCUACCGCAGCUACCGGACCCGCCGGAAGCUCGCCGACUCCGCCGUCGUCGUCGAGGAGCUCUGUGUCUUGCAGCAAGAGCGUGAGAACUAUGAAUACAUAAUUAAUGAGGGAAAGAUUAUCCAUAAACAGUCUGGACAACCACUUGAUACAAGCCAGAAUCCUAAAGGGACUAAAUGGAUUUUUGUUAUGAGCACAGCAAAAAGACUCUAUGCUGGGAAGAAAGAGAGAGGUGUAUUCCAGCAUUCCAGCUUUUUAGCAGGAGGCACUACCAUAGCUGCUGGAAGAUUUACAGCAGAAAAUGGAAUUAUCAAGUCCAUCUGGGCCUAUAGUGGUCACUACAAACCAAGCGCAGAGAACCUCAGCAAUUUCAUGAACUUCCUUGAAGAGAAUGGAGUUGAUCUCAAAGAAGUUGAGGUGCGCUCAUCCACCAGAGAAGACUACAAUGAAGAUCCAGUGCUUGAUGGUUCACAGAACCUUACUGCUGAAUCCAUGGGAUCAGUUCCUCCAGAAGUGAUCUCCAUUCCAAGCAUGACCGAAUGCGAUGAAGGCGAGAAUGCUACUGCAGAACAAGCCAAGCCAACCUACCGAAGAACCUUGUCAGGUGGUCUUCAAAGCCCCAGAGCCACUGUCAGAUGUAGGCAUGAUCUGCUAAAUCUCAAUACAGAUCAAACUGUGACCUGCACUUGUCGAUGGAAGGUGUGGGAGCAGGGCAUGGCCCUGAGCCUGUCCUCUGCCACGAAAUCCUGCAGGCACACGGCGCACUCCGCCGGCAUCCUGAUCCCCGCGUCCUGCAGGCCCAGGAUGGCGUCGCUGGAGGCGGCGACUCGAGCACCAUUGACGCUGCGGUUGGAUUCAGGAGAAUCAGGACGGGAGGUCAGGUAG